AUGGCGAAGCCUAAAAAAGGUUCAAAAAAGCUGAAAAAAUCAUCAAGCUUUAGCGAUGCUCGUCAAUUGAACGUUUUUAUUUUCCUGGCCGGAUUGAGUUACGCCGUCUUUCUCGUCUUUUCCAAGCUCAAUCGCCUCCAAGACGAGCUUUCUUAUCAGCGGGCUCUAAAUGAACAGCUCGGAGACGAUGUUCCAAUGGAGAUUUUCACAACUCAGUCGCCAAGUAGAAUAAUCCAAGAUUCGCCUCCAAAAUUCAAGCUCCACUCAAAUACCAGCCCAAUUCUUCAACAGCAAGUUCUCUCAAAAGAAGAAGCAUCCCAAAAACACUGCUUCCCGAAGAAAAACAUCGACACUCUUCGAAACGUCCAGCCAGAGUAUAAUCUCGACCGGAGCCGCUUUCUGGUGCCGAUUUUGAUCUGGGGACCGAACAAUCAAAUCCGCGGCUUUAUCGAGACCAUUUUUCUAGCGAUCAAGCUGAACCGAACACUGCUAGUGCCGCCGUUUUUCCGCCACUCAUCUGAGUCCGACGCCGACCAAAUCGAACAUGCAGCUUUGCUGCCACCUGAAAUGGUGAUUGACAUCGAGUCCGUGGCGCGACUGGUCCCAGUAGCUAGCUACGCCGAAGCGAAUCGGCUCUGUGGCGGCAGAAUCGAUGCAGUGCUCCUCUCGCGCGAUUGCAACACCGGGCCGCAGUACGACCGACUCAAGGAGUUCGAGAACUACAGCGAGUUGAAGUUCCUCAAGACUUACGAAUCGACUGACUUCAUCAAGCGAAACGUCGUCUCCAACGAUCUCCACGUUUCCGACUUUUUCACCGCGCAAGUUCAUCCCCACGACGUUUCUAAUCUCCAGCAGUUGACUGCGCUCCAUGUUCCUCACGAUCCAAAAAAGCUUGAUGCUCUCUACGGAACUGACGCUUCCUGUGCAGCCUGGGUCUUUCCUUAUCGAUCCUUUGAUUUUCGUGCAGUUGGUCUUUCUCCUCACCCGGAGAGGCAAACCAUAGCUUUCAGUAACAAACGCUUCAACGACGGAAUCGCAGUCCCUUUAGCAGACGCAGAUGCGAUGCGCCGGAUCUACAAGAUAGUUCAGAGGCCGAAGUCGAUCCGCGCGGGCGCCGAGAAAUUUGUAAAUGAGGUGAUCGGCACUCGAAACUAUCUCGCCGUGCACUGGAGAUUCGAUGACUCCUCCUUCGGCAGCAAGGUCCAGAGCAUCUGCGGCUCGGAGAGCAAAGACGACCACACUCUAUCAUUUGCAGAUCAACAGAAAUGGGAUCGCUGUCAGCAGAUUAAGGACAUCCAGGACGACCCUUCUCUUAUUGUUAAUAUUAUCGUCAACAUCCUUCUUGAAUGGAAGAUUAAUGUGUUUUACAUUGCAAGCCCACCGACUGAGGGAACUUUCAUCAGUCGACUGAUCGGGCUGAUCGAGAAGAAAGGCUCCUUUCGAGGCUAUUCUGGAGUGAGCUUGGUGGAGAACUUGGACCCCUGCUUGAGUGGUGAUCCACAAGUUUUCUCUUCCGUGGAGCAAGAACUGUGCGCUGGAAGCAAAGGAUUCAUCAUGUCUCCCGGGAGCUCGUGGAGUCUCAACACAGUUAUUGAGCGCACCUGCCGUGGCAACAAACUCUCCGGCAACUUCCAAAAACUAUUUGCCAACGAAGAACCGGUCAAAAGAGCCUGA